AUGUUUGGCUUUCCUACAGAUCUAUUUGGUAUUCCGAACAGUAAUACUAAUCGUCGAACGAAUAGUAAUGCAUUAGUACCACAUGCUCAAACGCUGUUUGGCAAUUCGUUUAUGAUUCCAUCACCAUUCACUGGAAUGAAUCAUUUUAUGGGUGAUUUUGGAAUGAAUUCAUCGCCAUUUGCUAUGAUGGAUCGAUUAAUGUCGGACAGCAAUGCGCCGGUUCAUUCAUUCACAUCGACAACAGUUAUGUCAUUCAAUGGAGCUGAUGGACGACCGAAAGUUUAUCAGGAAACAACGUCGAGAAAUCGAGGACCAAAUGGACUCGAAGAAACACGACAAGCUGUGCGAGAUUCCGAACGUGGAAUCAACAGAGUGCAGAUCGGUCAUCGAAUUGGUGAUCGAAAACAUGUUAUCGAGAGAGAAAUGAAUGUGGGAACAGGUCAGAUAUCUGAAAAUGUUGAAUUAGAGAAUCUUGACGAAGACGAAACAGACAACUUCAAGAAAGAAUGGCGACAAAAGUCAGCCCAAGCCGGUUUUUUUCGUCAUUCUCAUCAUCCUUAUCAUUCAAAUGUUGCCCAUCAAAUUACUUCACAUCGUCUUCAUCAACCACCUGUCAGUUCUCAACUAGCAAUUGAACAUGGUGCUUCAGCACGACCACAUAUUCGUCAAACACAACGUCCAUCCAAACAGUAUCGUGCUCCCCUCCAUCAAUCAGAUACAAUCGAUUUAACCGAAGACACACCAGUCGAAGAUGAUAUCCAAGAAAUUCACCCGUCACAAAUCAAACGUAAAGCGUCAGCAACCUUCUCUUCGUCUUCAUCUGUCGAUAUGAACAAUCAUCAUAAACAUCGACAGACUCGUUUCUGA